GUCAGAAAUAGUGUAACUUGUCUCUCUCUCCAUCUGAAAAUUGUUCUCUCUCUGUCCAGGAAGAAAGUAUCAAGGCCAUGUUUGGAUAACAAAGUUAAAACAACCAGAAGAGAUAGUUCUUUAGCUACUUUUAACAAUGGCCGCUCAUCUGCACCUCCCUUCUCACUACUACACUAAAACUGCACUCUUCUCUUCCCCUCCUGGGGCUCCCCUGAGUUCUGGAAAACCAAACAGGGCAUCAAGCUCUUCUGCAAAUUCCAAGCCCAGUUUCAGUAAGCUCAAAGUGAGGGCUGUGAAGGAGAAAACAGAGGAAAUCAAAUCCCAGACAUCUGCAGAGGAAGUCACCAAGAAAUAUGGCCUAGAAGCAGGUCUCUGGAAGAUAUUCAAUUCAAAAGAUGAAGAUAACCAGGAAAAUAAGUCAAAAGGGGACCAAGCAAAGGAGCUUUUGGCAAAAUAUGGAGGAGCAUACCUGGCUACCUCCAUUACUCUCUCCUUGAUAUCUUUUGGCCUCUGCUAUGCCCUCAUCAGUGCUGGAGUUGAUGUGCAAGCAUUGCUACAGAAGGUCGGGAUUUCACCUAAUGAGACGGGUGAGAAAGUUGGGACUUUCGCGUUGGCUUAUGCUGCCCACAAGGCCGCGUCGCCUAUAAGGUUUCCACCUACUGUUGCUCUUACUCCCAUUGUUGCUAGCUGGAUAGAAAAGAAAGUUGAUAAAGAGAAGUAAUCUUGAUAAAGAGAUACAUACUUAUAUAUGCAUAUGUAUGUACUAUGCAUCCUGUAAAUCAUUCAACUUGUGGUAGAAACAUUCAUUAGAGAAAGUUAUAAUUGAAUUUGUCAUGUUUAA